AUGGACCUCAGUCUAUACCGCUACAAUGCCUCCAUGAUGGAGUACUACUCCUGUCAUGGCGGAGUGAACCAGCUUGGCGGCGUCUUUGUCAACGGCCGUCCCCUGCCUGACGUUGUCCGAUCUCGAAUAGUAGAGCUGGCGCACCAAGGCGUCCGACCCUGUGAUAUUUCGCGUCAACUGCGAGUUAGUCAUGGAUGCGUUAGCAAAAUACUUGGAAGAUAUUAUGAAACGGGAAGCAUCAGGCCCGGUGUCAUCGGCGGCUCCAAGCCCAAAGUGGCAACCCCCAAGGUGGUGGACGCAAUAGCGGACUACAAAAAGUCCAAUCCAACAAUGUUUGCCUGGGAAAUCAGAGACCGACUGCUCGCUGAUGGCAUUUGUGACGCAGACAACAUUCCCUCGGUGUCCUCCAUUAACCGAAUAGUUCGCAACAAGGCAGCAGAGAAGGCCAAGAAUGUGCACCACUCCUCUUCGCAUCAUCACAAUCUCAGCUCAAACUCCUCAGUGGGCAAUGCCUCGCCAGCUUCUGGCUCGAUGAGCCCUCAACUGGCCAGUCCUGGGUCGACCACAAAAGAGGGCGUCUCUUCAACUGCCUCCAAUCAAACUUCAGUCAUCGUCAACUCGCAAUCGCAAUCUCAACAGCCGAUGACCACCUACUCCAUCAACGGCAUUCUCGGUAUCAACUCUUCAGCGGCAGGUUCAUUAGGCUCGCCCGAUCCUCACCAGCACGGACAGAUGCAGUCCCAGCACAAUUUACCUCGGGGAAUGAAACGAAAUCUACUCGAUCUCGAAGGUGCAAGUGCGCCCAGUGGUGACUACUACGCGACGGCAGCCGCCUACCACGGCUACUACGCCACCUCCAAUGCCUACGGCGCCAACUCCCCCUACGGACAGAUCGGCGCACAGAGUGGUCCCACCUCCAUGCCUGCCAACCAGACACUCAUCAACCCCUACUACUACAGUGCAGUGAAUGUGGCAGCCAUUCAACGCUCCUCAGCAUCGCCUCCGGGCACCAUCGGCCGUACCACUGUGGCUCUAUAA